AUGCUUUCACGAUUACCACAGCAAAACAACGUCGAUGAGAUUCAAACCGAUGAUCUGCUGGAUUUCGAAACCACGGAAUUUGAAUCCGAUGAAUAUUUGGAAUUAGUGAAACAAAUCACUGAAAAUGGGGAGAGAUUACCGGAUCUAAAAAUAGUAGAUGGGAAAAUUUUUAAACGAAUGAUAAAUGAAACAGGUUUGGAAGACCAUCAAUGGAAAUUGUGGAUACCUCCAAACCUUACUCAGGCUAUAAUUGAAAAAGCACAUUCAACGAGCCUUUCAGCUCAUGGGAGAAUGGCAAAAACCAUUGAAAAAGUGAAAAGAUUCUUUUAUUGGCCGAAAAUGGUAUUACAAAUUAAGGAAUUUGUCAAGAAUUGUAUAAUAUGUAAAGAAACCAAACCGGCUAAUAUACAUUUAAUGCCCGGAAUCGGCAAUGAAGUGACAACGGAAAGACCAUUUCAAAAGCUGCCAUGCGAGAAGCGACAACAGCAAAUAUAA